UGGGGCCAAAGAGACGAGCAAGCUGAAAAGACAGAUGAGGCCGAAAGAGGAGGAGGGCUCUGGGAUGUCCUGUAAAGGAAGAGAGUCUCAUUGGCGGCUCGGCAGUAGAUAGGUCGGAAUUUGAGGCCAACCUCUAGAGAGGUCAAAUAGACGAAUCCUACAAUCGGUCUUCUCCGUCUUACUCUAGUUUACACUGUGGAUGCUGCUUUGGAGUAUCUUUAGUGGCAGCAAAAUGAUGGUCUCCAAAUUGAAGUGGCUGAUUGUGGUUGUCCUCCUGUUAAACGAACAAGCUCUGUGCAAGGUUCAGCCUCCUCCGUGGUUGCCAGCGAGAGGCAUUCUUGGAGCUGGAGUGACGGCCCAACGUUAUUCUCAAACGCAGCCACAGUCUGGUCUGCAAAUUGCUGAUUCGGAAUCCUCACUGAUCCCCGCAGACAAGAGCCUGAUUUUAGCCAAACGUGUGGUAUCCGUUCUCAAGGCAAAGCUACAAGGGAAGAUUCCAGAUCUCCACAAUGAGAGGAACCUAAGCUGUGAGGAUCUGCUGUCUGCCAGUGGUCUUGAUGACCAUUUAUCCUCCAGCUUUUCUCAGGAGCUUCUGGCUCUGUCUUUGGUGCCAGUGCUGGCAGUGAGCGGCUGCCCCCAGGAGGCGCACACCCUUGUGGUCAAGCUAUAUGGCCUGCUGGGGGUGGUUGAAACCAACAAACUCCUCCUGGAAAUGGAAGACCUGAUCCAAAGGACCAAGUCACCAUCUGAGCCAACAGGAUCCACUCAGGCGAGCGAACAAGCAGAGCACCACCUGGAUGCUGUCAUGUUUAAUAUUGACCAGCUGGCCACGGCGGGGAAGCGUGUGGGACGAGCUAGGACCAAGCAAAAUUGCCACGGUUGGAUCCCGGUUAACGGAACCGUGCUGCUUGGAGUCGCUGUCCAGGAAACUGACGGUGCGCUGGAGGAGGCUAUGGACGCCUGUGAGAAGAUGGGGGUCAUGUGUGCAGGGGUCACAAGCGGUGUGCUCCCUGGACGGUACCAAGCAGUGUUCAAGAAAGGCAGUCGUAUCUUACCGUCUCAAGCCACCGACUGUUGGAUCCAUCAUUGUGAGGCAGAGCUUUCGUCCACCGAUGCUCGACGGCUGCGACGCGACCUCCAGAUGACAUGUAUCAACCAAAAUGAGGAACGCGUGUACAGAGUGAUGGAGUGGAUCCCCGCAGUCAGCACCCUCUACAAUUUAGGCACAGCUGUUUAUUACGCAUCGGUCAACUGUUCAGAAACAGCCAAAGAAAGAGCCGUGCUGACUGCCGUGGAUCUUGGCACGGACGCCCUCAUGGUCGCCACGGGUGGCGCCGCAGGCGUGGCUGGUUAUGCUCUCGGGGCCGGUGUUAAGACUGGCGUCAAGUACGGGGUCAAGUACCUACUUGGCUCCUUGAAGCGUGAAGACGAUGUGUUGGUCAACCAGUCCAGAUGGAAGGAUGGCGUCUUCACUGUACCAUAAGCUAAAAGAGGCACAAUAUUUCUUGAUGACCUCAUUAUUACAUUCUCGUUUUGUGUAGUCCUUCUUUCCGUGUCGUUAAAAGUUCAGGGCAGUGGUAGUCGAUCACUUUUCUGUGAUCCGGAAGUAUCUUGUGCCAAUUGCUUACAAAUAUUAUGAAACUGGUAAUAUAUGACACCUUAUUUUGGACAUUAGAAUAAACUUUACUAAUCAUUUGAAUUUCCUUUUACACACAUUUUGAAAGAUCUUAGAUUAUCAGAUAAUUUGGAGAGAUGCUAAUCUGUUGUGAUUUUUGUUGGAAGCCAACAACAAAUUUAGCUUUUUUUUUUUUUUUUGCCAGUUUCCCAUCCCAACUCUUCUCAGUCACAAAUAAAGUCCAAGAACAAAAGAG